CCGCGGGCGGGCCAGUGAAGCCGGCGGCCCUGGCACGUGAUACGGGAGCGGCUCGGUCGCUUGGUGGCUUGGUCUGUCUGUCCGUCCGCGGGUGCCAUCAUGGCGGACGCAGCCAGUCAGGUGCUCCUGGGCUCCGGCCUCACCAUCCUGUCCCAGCCGCUCAUGUACGUGAAGGUGCUCAUCCAGGUGGGAUAUGAGCCUCUUCCUCCAACAAUAGGACGAAAUAUUUUUGGGCGGCAAGUAUGUCAGCUUCCUGGUCUGUUUUGUUAUGCUCAGCACAUCGCCAGCAUUGACGGGAAGCGUGGGUUGUUCACAGGCUUAACUCCAAGACUGUGCUCAGGAGUCCUUGGGACCGUGGUCCAUGGUAAAGUUUUACAGCAUUACCAGGAAUGUGACAAGGUUGAGGAUUUAGGCCCUGGGAAUGUACAAAAAGAAGUCACACCUUCCUUCGACCAAGUUAUCAAAGAGAUCUCAGAAGUGUGUGUUGAUUGUUUCUAG